AUGACAUCUAAUUUGAACACAGGAACUGAUCCGGAUGGCUUCAAACCAGCAACAAAGGUUUGGAAAGUUAAAGCAAAGGACCCUCCAGUUAACACUUCGGUUACUAAUUCAUUUCAGGCUCUAGAAUCGAAUGGAGGGCGAAUCGUGGUUAGCUGGAACCCUUCUAGCUUUCAUGUUAAUAUCAUCAAGUGUACUAGCCAUUUGAUUCAUCUUGGAGUUACAACUAUUGACAAUAAGAAUUUCUUUUUUGUCACUUAUGUCUAUGCUUUUAAUGAUGAGGAGGGGAGGAAAUGGCUUUGGAAAGACCUUCAAGAUCUGACUGUUAAGGGUCCUUGGACUGUAAUGGGUGACUUUAAUGAUAUCUUAGCAAAAGAGGAGCGGAUUGGCAAUAGAGUUAGAUAUAAGACAUCCACUGACUUCAUUGACUAUGUAGCAAACUGCCAACUUGAGGAUGUCAAAUAUAGUGGGAAUUUUUAUACUUGGUGCAAUAAACAAUAUGGAGAAGACAUAAUCUAUUCUAAGAUAGAUCGUGUGCUAGCAAACCAAGUUUGGUUGAACUUAUUCCCUGAUGCUGAGACGGUAUUUUUGAAUGAGGGGCUGUUUGACCAUACCCCAGUGGUCCUCACGGUUUAUUCAAAUGUCCCUUGUGGUAGGAAGCCUUUCAAGUAUUUCAAUAUGUGGUCUACACACCCAGAUUAUUUUAAGAAGGUUAAAGUGACCUGGCAGCAACAAUUUACAGGGACAAAAAUGUAUCGACUAAUUACUAAGUUGAAGGCACUAAAGGCAGUAUUCAAGGAGAUCAACACUCAAGGCUAUUCUGAUAUAAUUAGUGCAGAAAUUCAAGCUAGAGAUCACCUAGCUGAAUGUCAAAAUAAGCUUCAGUGUGAACCCUUAAGCCCUGCCUUACAUGGCAUGGAGUUGGAGGCUAGAAACAAGUAUACUAAGGAACUUUUGGGUAGUAAGAUGCUGCAAAGGAAGAAAGUAUUGGCUGGAGUGAUGAAUCAAGGUCCUAAAGUAACAGCGUUGCAAUCAGAGCUACUAUUAAAAAAUUACACAAAAGAAGAGGUUAGGAAAGUGUUCUUUGAAAUCCCUGGAAAUAAAGCACCAGGUCCGGAUGGUUAUGGGAGUUUCUUUUACCAAGAAAAGUGGGACUUAAUUGGAGAUGAAGUUGCUGAAGCUAUUAUCUCAUUCUUAAAGACUGGGCAGCUGCUUAAAGAGAUAAAUACCACAGUGAUUACACUUAUUCCCAAAACUAAAUGCCCGAAUACAGUGAAGGAUUACAGACCAAUAGCCUGCUGCAAUGUCAUUUAUAAAGCAGCUACGAAACUGAUUUGCUCGAGGCUCAAAACAAUUCUCCCUAGUAUUGUGGCUCAAAAUCAAGGAGAUGAUGUCUUACUGUUUUGCGAUGGUGAUUACAAGAGCAUCUGUUACCUACUACAAGGCCUCAAGCUAUUUUCGCAAACAUCAGGACUACAACCUAAUGCUUCGAAGUCUGCACUAUUCUGUAGUGGGAUGAAUUCUAAUGAGGUCCAUCGCAUUUUGGAAGUAUCAGGAUUUAGGAAAAGUGAUGUCCCGUUCAAUUACUUAGGUGUUCCCAUCUGUGCUAAGCGCAUCUCUGCAAAGGAAUCCAGCUUGCUGGUGGAUAAAAUGACUAAUAGGAUUAGGUCUUGGAGCACAAGGAACAUCUCUUUUGUAGGUUGGGUAGUCUUGAUUAACUCUAUUCUCCUUUCAAUUCAUUCUUAUUGGAGUCAAAUUAUCUUGCUGCCCAGGAAGGUGAUUAAAGAGAUUGAAGCUAUCUGCCGAGCAUUCUUGUGGACUGGUAAAAAGCUGAUGGUUGGAGCAGGGAAAAUAGCUUGGGACAGCAUGUGCAAGCCUAAAGCAGCAGGAGGUAUAGGCUUCAAGAAUAUCUCUGAAUGGAACAAAGCUGCUAUGUUCAAGUAUGUAUGGGCUGUAGCAGCCAAAGAAGACAAUUUGUGGGUUAGAUGGGUGCAUAGUGUGUACAUAAAAGAUGGAGUAUGGUGGGAUUACAUUGCCCUGGUUCAUGGUAGUUGGUAUUGGAGGAAGGUUGUAGCAAUUAAAGACCAAGUGAAGACUCUUGUGGAUUUAGUUCUAUUUCCUCAAAGAAAGUAUAAGAUUGCAGAGGGAUAUAGACUUCUCAGUCCUGUACAUGAACAGGUUAAUUGGAGCAAGGAGGUUUGGGGGAGAUUGAAUAACCCAAAGCAUAGUUUCAUGCUAUGGCUGGCUAUCCAAGACAGAUUGAAGACUAAAGCAAGAUUAUAUAGAUUCAAUGUUCUUCUUGAAGCGAGGUGUCAGUUUUGCAAAGUGGCAGAUGAAACAACUACUCACCUUUUCUUUGAUUGUCCAUUUUCUAGUGAGUGUCUUCAACAGGUUAAGAGCUGGGAUGAAGGCAACAAGGUUCAGCAAAAUGGUACUUUCAGCUAUUAUGGCUGCACUGGUGUACCAUUUAUGGAGGGCAAGAAAUGA